AUGAGUACCGCCACUACUACUACUACUACUACUACUACUACCAGGGAAAACCCCACCCAGCUGCCUCCCCAAGUCAUCAACUCCAAACCUGCUGUGGGUGCAACUCUUGCUCAGGAAGAUGCCCAGGCCUCCAAACUGCUCAGUCCCUCUACCAUUCGUUCUGUAACGCUCAAUAACCGUAUUGUAGUCUCUCCCAUGUGUAUGUACAGUUCGCAAGACGGCUUCUUUAACGAUUUCCAUGUGGCUCAUUAUGGUCAAUUUGCUAUCAAAGGUGCUGGUAUGAUUAUCAUUGAAGCUACUGCUGUUGAACCUCGAGGAAGAAUCACGCCUGAAGAUGCUGGUCUUUGGUCUGAUGAUCAUAUUCCUCAACUGGCAAAGAUUGUGUCGCUCAUCAAGUCUCAAGGAUCUGUUCCAGCUAUCCAGAUUGCUCAUGCUGGACGUAGAGCUUCUGUCUACUCACCUUUUCAUGGCGCUGAGUGUCUUGUCCCUGAAGAGUUUGGUGGCUGGCCAGCCGACAUCUUUGGACCUACAGGAGAACAAUACAGUGAAGGCUAUGGCAUUCCUAAGCAAAUGACUGAGCAAGACAUGGAGCAAGUGAUCCAACAUUUUGCUGAUGCUGCUGUUCGUGCUGAUAAAGCUGGUGUUGAAGUCUUGGAGAUUCACAGUGCUCAUGGCUUUCUAUUGCACAGUUUCUUGUCUGGAAACUCAAAUCAACGUACGGAUAGAUUUGGUGGUGAUUCCUUGGAGAAUCGUCUUCGAUUCCCACUUGCUGUUGUAGAGCGUGUACGUGCAGCUUGGCCUGCUCAUAAACCACUCUGGGUUCGUCUUUCUGCCUCUGAUCACAAAUCCAAUGAUGGUACGCUCGUAGGUGGUGAAGACGCUGAUGGCUGGGAUAUUCGACAUGCUACUGUUUACGCCAAGAAGCUCAAGGAAAUUGGCGUCGACGUGAUUGAUGUCUCUAGCGGUGGUAACGUCUCUCAAGCGUACUAUUCAGCUGGUCCAUUAUAUCAAGUUCCAUUUUCAGAAUACAUCAAGAAAGAAGCUGAUAUUGCCACUGGAGCGGUUGGUAUCAUCACUGAGCCCAAGGACGCUGAGGAUGUCUUGCAAAAUGGUCAAGCCGAUUACAUAUUGAUUGCCAGAGAGCUCCUAAGAGAUAGUGGUUGGGUCAACCGUGCUUCUAAAGAGCUACAGAUUGAGGUCAAAUGGCCAAAACAGUAUUUGCGUGCUAAUCGUGAAAGAUACCUCAUGACUGUAUCAGCCAACAAAAAAUACGAGUAG